AUGGACAUCUUAGAGAUACAAAAAUGGGCCUUUAUGCCCAAUCUUCCGGAUAACAUAGCGCCGAUCCGGGAGUUGCUCAUCCGGUAUAGCAAGAUCCCAGCCGACGAAAUCGAGCCUCAUCUCAUCAGGAUUCGAGAAGCGGCUUGGGCGAGUUCGAGAAUGCCCUUUAUUGGGCGAUGGAAAUUCUUAAUAAUACACGAAACCAACGACUCUCGCUAUCAGCAGGCUCUUUUCCGCCUCAGACUCUCUAAAUCUCGGGACGCCCUCCUAGACCUGGGCUGCGGGCUUGGACAAGCUCUUCGCCAGUUCCGAGAUGACGGCGUUGAUGGAUCACGGUUGUUUGGGCUCGACUCGAGUGCUCACAUGGUGUCAUCAGGCUAUGAUCUCUUCCAAGACAGGAACAGCCUGGGCGCCCAUUUUACCGUGGGAGACUUGACCGAUCCCGACGAUCUAAGCUUGGACGAGCUCAACGGCCAGAUCAGCAUCGUUCACGCCGGAAGCUUCUUCCAUCUAUUUAGCUGGAAACAGCAGUUGUACAUCGGUAAACGGCUUGUCGACUUUCUGCAGCCGGGAAUACGCAACGCAUUUAUAUACGGCCGCCAUGCGGGCGUCACCACCGCUCGCGAGGUUGAGAAGAACGAUUCCUCGCCCUAUCUUCACAACCAGGAGAGCUUCCAGCGUCUCUGGGACGAGGUGGGAGAAUUAACAAGGACCAAAUGGAAGGUGGAGGUAGAGCCGUCGGGGGAGGCAGUUGUCCAGCUCCCAGGGAAUCCAAAGGGCGUUGCCCGGGUGCCAUUCCCGCCACCGGGCGUGCAUGCGCUGCCAACGCAAGUCACGACAAUGACCUUUGAUACCACCCAGGAGCUUCUAUGGGCCGGCAACGACUAUGGCCGAGUCACUUCCUUUCUCAGUUCCGAGCUUCAACAACAUACUUCAUUCAAGGCGCAUCAGGCCACGGACGGUCCGGUUCGGCAGAUUCUUGUAAACAGCAAAGGCGUGGUGGUGUUGGGCUCUAAAGAUGUACAUAUGGCUAGCAGGAGAGGGCCCCCCAUCUGGCAUCUCAGGCACGACGAUAUGAAGGACCUGAGAUGCAUGAGCUUCACCUCGAAGGGAACCGCGGAAAUCAUUGCUGCUGGUCUCCAAGACAGCAUGUUUGUUAUCGAUCUCAUUAAAGGAGAAGUCGUCAAACAAGUCCGAACAGAGCAUCAGUACUCGAUUAUGAAACGUGGACGCUACAUUUGCGCGGCGACGAGGAACGGAUCGGUCGACCUCUUGGACCCUGUUACCUUUGCAGUUGUCAAGACCUGGAACGCUCAUUCGGCCUUGAUCAAUGACAUGGAUGCUCAACACGACUUCAUUGUUACAUGCGGCUACUCGCUGCGCCAGGGCCAGAAUUAUAUGCUGGAUCCCUUCCUCAACGUCUUUGAUAUUAGAAAGAUGGCAUCAAUGCCGCCGAUACCCUUCCCUGCCGGCGCGGCAUAUGUACGCAUGCACCCGCGCAUGCUCACAACCAGCAUCGUGGUGUCUCAAAGCGGCCAGAUGCAUGUUGUGGAUCUCAUGAACCCUAACACUAGCAAUGUGCGACAAGCCAACGUGCUUAGCUACCUCAGCAUGUUCGAGAUUGCUCCUUCUGGCGAGGCCAUGGCCCUCACUGACGCAGAAUGCUUGAUCCAUUUGUGGGGAUCGCCAUCAAAACUGCAUUUCGUCGAUCUACCUGCUCCUGUUGAAUUUGCUACUCCCGAGGAGGCGAUUCACCAGCUGGAUUGGACACCUGAAAGUCCUCUGAACUCAGUCGGCCUACCAUACUAUCGCCAAGUCCUUGCCUCUUGUUGGCCGGAACUACCAUCUGACGUUGGAGCUCCUCCCGUCAAGUUUGAUCCGCAGUUCCUCGCGAACCUUAAGCCUACCGACUUUGCACUCUAUGGCCGGAAUAUGCGAGGCCUUCGGAGAAAUCAACUCGAAGACACUCGCAGCGUACACAAAUCCGCCCACUCUGGUCUCAAGGCGCCAAAGUUUCUUAGUGAAAAAGCUCGAGAUCUUGCCAAAUCGGAAUCGUCCAGUGCCGGAGAUAAGACAGACGAGCUCUCAAAUUCUCUGGCAGAGAUGGAAGUUGGCAGUAGAAAAUCCGAUUUGCCCAUGAUGUACAGAAACGUCGAGAUCAAGUACAGUAAAUUCGGUGUGGAUGAUUUCGAUUUUGGAUACUAUAACCAAACCCGACACUCAGGCCUUGAAAUUCACAUCUCAAACUCAUACGCAAAUUCGCUUCUUCAAAUAAUGCACUUUACGCCAUUACUGCGAAAUCUUGCUUUACAACAUGCAGCUACCGCCUGUGUGAGCGAGGUCUGUCUUCUGUGCGAACUGGGCUACCUUUUUGAUAUGCUUCAGAAAGCGGAGGGAUCAAUCUGCCAAGCCACAAACAUGCUAAAAGCUCUAAGCAACCAACCCCAAGCUGCACCACUGGGCCUUUUAGAAGAAGAUACUCAUGCAUCAUCCCUCAACGUAAUGUUGCAGGGACUCACACGGUUUCUCCUGGAGAAAAUUGCUGGUGACUACAAGACGAUGGCCCCAACAUCCCCUGCAAUGGAUAAGGCACUGGCGACCUCGGCAACAAGCACCAUUAGAUGUUUCAGCUGCAGAAGCGAAUAUACCCGACCUGGAUCGACCUUUGUAAAUGACUUGCUUUAUCCACCUAUUAAAACCCCAGGGCGAAAUAGUAAAGCGCCACGCAUCACUUUCUCUCAAAUUCUUAAGAGCAGCGUUGAGAGAGAAACAACGUCAAAGGGGUGGUGUGGGAGAUGUCAACGAUAUCAAACCAUUGCAACUAGGAAGACCAUUCACAGUGUUCCAGACGUCUUAAUGCUUAAUACCGCAAUUACCGGCUCGGAUCACCGAAUGCUUUGGUCCACCCCUGGCUGGCUGCCGGAAGAGAUUGGCAUCAUUGUUGAGCAAGGCCAAUUCUUUUGCUACGAAGGGGAAGAUUUGAAGCUUCACCUUCAGCGCGGCAUUCAUAACAUCACAGUCUACUCAUUAAUCGGAAUGGCUAUCAACAUUGAGAGCGGCCAGACUCAAAAACCACAUCUCGUGGCCAUGGUAAAUGUUGGUCAUGCGGAAGCAGAAGCUCCCAGCCAGAGCCAAUGGCACUUAUUCAACGACUUCUUGGUGUGCCCCGUCAGCACAGAAGAAGCUCUUACCUUUAACAAUUCCUGGAAAGUCCCUUCGGUUGUUACAUUCCAGGUCAAGAAUGCAAAUAACAAGAUCGAUAAUGGAUGGAAAAACACCAUCGAUACGUCGAUUUUGUACCAGGACUUCAAUCCCAGUUCUCGCUCUGAAAGUAAAACGUACAAGCUCCUCGAUCCUGCAACGGAGCGGCCUGGGCCAUCAACGAUUGUGGCACUAGAUACCGAAUUCGUUGCCGUGCGGCAGCCAGAGAUCGAGAUGAACUCAGAUGGCGAGAGAGAGACCAUCCGACCCAUAGUGUACGCACUCGCCCGUGCCUCUGUUGUCCGAGGCCAGGGUGAAAACGAAGGGGUUCCCUUUAUAGACGAUUACAUUUCCAUCUCGGAACCGAUUGUUGACUACUUGACGUCGUAUUCGGGCAUCACUGAAGACGACCUGAACCCUCACACCACAAAACACAGUCUAUUACCCCACAAAGUGGUGUAUAAGAAGCUUUGGAUAUUGCUCAACUUGGGCUGCAAGUUCCUGGGCCAUGGGCUCAAACAGGACUUCCGAGUCAUCAACAUCCACGUCCCCAAGGCGCAGAUCAUCGACACGAUAGAUCGGUUCUACCUCAAGUCGCGCCUGAGAAAACUGUCGUUGGCCUUUUUGGCGUGGUACCUGCUCAAGGAAGACAUCCAGAUGGAGACGCACGACUCCAUCGAAGAUUCCAGGACGGCCCUGAAGCUCUACAAGAAGUACCUCGAGUUUGAAGAUGCCGGCAUUCUAGAGGCCAUGCUGCAGGACAUUUAUCGUGCCGGUAGGGACGUCAACUUCAAGCCCCCUAGAAAGGACGGCAUUGACGCCCCCAGGUCGGAAACACCACCCCCGUUACCGGCGCCGGAGAAUGGAGGUGCUCCUACGCCUACUCCUCCGCCAAGUACGCCAGCUAGAGUUAGGGGCUUUGGCAGCGGGGGUUGGACGCCGGGGAAGGCAUCGCCUAUGAGGUGA